GGAAAAGACAGUAUCUUGUUGAAACGUCUACGCUGGAUCUCAAGUUGGRUCUGGAGAUGCACAACAUAAUGGUGUUUGAUGAUGAUGAAGAGUUCCUGGGUCGCCCGUGCAUUAUGGAUGAAGAGGAGUACAUGGAGGAUGAGGGAGUGGUAAGAGCAGCCAGAAUCGUUGACUCAGAUCAGGGGGAAGUAGAAUCAACAGACGAGUGGCUGUGGCUACAACAGGAACUGAAGAAGACCUUGGAGGAUGAAAUUCCAGAAAAUAGCUUUUAAAUUCUACAACCAUCUAAAAAGAAGCGAUUCCUACACAUUCCAUCACAAAGCC